GCGGGGUCUGGGCGGGGCCGGGGCGGGGCCAGGCCUGCACCGGGCCAGGCAAGAUGGCGGCCAUGGAGACCCAGUCAGCGCCGCUGACCCUAGAAUCGUUGCCCACCGAUCCCCUGCUCCUCAUCUUAUCCUUCUUGGAUUACCGGGACCUAAUCAAUUGUUGCUAUGUCAGUCGAAGACUUAGCCAGCUAUCAAGUCAUGAUCCACUGUGGAGAAGACAUUGCAAAAAAUACUGGCUGAUAUCUGAGGAAGAGAAAACACAGAAGAAUCAGUGUUGGAAAUCUCUCUUCAUAGAUACUUACUCUGAUGUAGGAAGAUACAUUGACCAUUAUGCUGCCAUUAAAAAGGCCUGGGAUGAUCUCAAGAAAUAUUUGGAGCCCAGAUGUCCUCGGAUGGUUUUAUCUCUGAAAGAGGGUGCUCGAGAGGAAGACCUAGAUGCUGUGGAAGCUCAGAUUGGUUGCAAGCUUCCUGAUGAUUAUCGAUGUUCGUAUCGUAUCCACAAUGGGCAGAAGUUAGUGGUUCCUGGGUUGUUGGGAAGUAUGGCGCUGUCUAAUCACUAUCGUUCGGAGGAUUUGUUAGACGUCGAUACAGCCGCUGGAGGCUUCCAGCAGAGACAGGGACUGAAAUACUGUCUCCCUUUAACUUUUUGCAUACAUACUGGUUUGAGUCAGUACAUAGCAGUGGAAGCUGCGGAGGGCCGAAACAAAAAUGAAGUUUUUUACCAAUGUCCAGACCAAAUGGCUCGGAAUCCAGCUGCUAUUGACAUGUUUAUCAUAGGUGCUACUUUUACUGACUGGUUUACUUCUUAUGUCAGCAAUGUUGUAUCGGGUGGUUUCCCAAUCAUCAGAGACCAAAUUUUCAGAUAUGUUCAUGAUCCAGAGUGUGUGGCAACAACUGGGGACAUUACCGUUUCAGUUUCUACAUCGUUUCUGCCAGAACUUAGCUCUGUCCACCCGCCCCACUACUUCUUCACAUACCGAAUCAGGAUUGAAAUGUCAAAGGAUGCACUUCCUGAGAAGGCUUGUCAGUUGGACAGUCGCUAUUGGAGAAUAACAAAUGCUAAAGGUGAUGUAGAAGAAGUUCAAGGACCUGGAGUAGUUGGUGAAUUUCCAAUCAUCAGCCCAGGUCGGGUAUAUGAAUACACAAGUUGUACCACAUUUUCUACAACCUCAGGAUAUAUGGAAGGAUAUUAUACCUUCCAUUUUCUUUACUUUAAAGACAAGAUCUUUAAUGUUGCUAUUCCCCGAUUCCAUAUGGCUUGUCCAACAUUCAGGGUGUCUAUAGCCCGAUUGAGUUUUAAUUUCCUCCCAACCACAAAUACGCAUAUAAAAUUUUGACCUGCCUUGUGGAAAAUGUUUCUCUCUCUCUCAAGGAUGAGAUAUCAAUACAAAGAAAUGAGAAUUCUGGACUUACUUCUAAUCAACAUGAAAGAGGCAGUGGGGAUUGUAUUUGUAUGGUGUUGUAUUUGUAUUGUACCUUUUCUGUUGAAAUAUUAGUUUUCUUGAUAUGGAAACUGAAUUGUUCUCCUUUUUUGUGCCCUAACCAUAUGAUAAUUAUUGUACUUAAUACUUCGUUUUGCUUUAUACUUUGAAUGUCACUACAAAAUAUACUUUUGGUUUCUCUUAAGCCUUUUCUUGCUCUAGGUGGUUUGUUGUUUGCUUUUGGACACUUUAGAGGUUCCUGCUGCUUACUUAUUUCCAUUCUUAUCUGUGUGUGCCUCUUUCCGUCUGCUGCUUCUGUAUGUACACUUUUAUCUGACAUCAGCAGUCUCCCUCUUUAGCUACACGGACUUCUUUAACAUUUUUUUCUGUUUUCUUCUUCAAUAAGAUGACUAAUGAUCAUACUACCUGAAUUUAAUGUUUUAGGAUUUCCUAAGCCUUCCCCCUUGCCCCUUUUGAACCUUCUGAAUUUUAAAGUCUUCAUUCCCUAGAUUUAAAAAAAUCAAAAAAUAAAAAUAAUGGAAUAUCAUGUCAUAUUUAUGUAUAUUUUCUCUGAUUGUUGUUAAUGCUGUUAUUAGUGUUAUAAUAAAUCCUAAGUGACAAUCCUUUGACAACUCCUAAAGAACAAUUUUUUUCUCCCACAUUAAUUAAUUUGCUUGCUCAACAAAUAUUUAUUGAGUCCCUAUGAGGUGCUGGGGAAACGCAGUGAACAAUACAGCCAGGAUCUGCCUUCGGGGAUGUACUGUACAGCACGCUGACUAUAGUGAAUACUGCAUUGCAAAUUUGAAAGUUGCUAAGAGAAUAAAUCUUAAAAGCUCUCAUUACGAAAAAACAUUCUGUAACUGUAUGGUGACGGAUGUUAACUGGACUUACUGUCGUGAUCAUUUUGUAAUAUAUACAAAUAUCAAAUGAAUAUCAAAUCAUGUUGUACACUUGGAACGAAUGAAUGUAAUGUUGUAUGUCAAUUAUACCUCAAUAAAAAAAAAGAAGAAAGUUGAGGAAAUUAAAAAACAAAAAGCAAAAAAACCUCUGCCUUGGAAUUUACAUUCUAGUUGGAAGAGACAAGAGUAGCAAAUAAACACUACCUAGUUAUACCAAGUAGUAAUAGGUGCUCUGGAGAAAAAUCAGAGUAAAGGAUAUAUAAGGAGUGUCCUGUUCAGUUGUUCUGAUAUAAAGAUGUGUUGGGAAAGGCCUCGGCAACAUUUGAGUUAAGACUUGAAAGAAGUAGAGGGAGCCAGGUGGAUAUAUGUGGCAGAAGGAUGUUCCAAGCAAAAGAAUAGUAAGUGCAAAGGCCCUGAAACCCUGAUGUUACAUAAACAUACUAAUGCUUGGCAUGUGUGAAGAACAGCCAGUGUAGCUGGAGGGCCGUGGCCGGGGGACAGUGGUCAGAGGUGAAAUCGGAGGCAUAGUGAGUGCUGGAUAUGUGAGGCCAGAAAGGCCUUUUACUGACACAUCCCAGGUUUCCCAGUAGUUCCCACAUCACCAGCUAGGUGCUCCUUGCUAUUCAGAACUCUCUCCAAUAUAGCGACUCCUCUCACUGAGUCUUCAAACGUAUGAGAGAAAAAUUGACAGCAGAGGAAGUCAAGCCUUUAUCAGAGACACUGCUUAAGCAGAAUUGAAGUUUCCAUGAGAUGUUCAACCUCACUGUUGCCCCUAUUCUGAGAGCCUUCAGCAAGUUAAUUUCCAAGUAGACGCUGCCCCUGGUGAUUGAGUUGAAAUGAUAGAUCUUUAUAGUAGGAGUUCAAUAGAAGUCUAUUAGACCUGACAGUACAUGUAAGUUACCAGUAGAGGUCGUACCUUAUUAAUAUUUUGGAGUCCUCUUUUCUGUCAGCAUAUAGAUUAAUAAAGAAUUAAUACACUUAAUUAAAAGUACUUAAUACACUAAAAUAAAUCCAGUAAAAUUUUCUCUUGGAUUGUUAGAAGUGGUCUGUUGGCUGCCUUGUACAAAUUAUCAACUACCAUGUAAAGUGUAAGUACUGUAUUAGUGAAACAGACUUACCAUUAAAACCACAUUGAGCCUUUUAAAACAUGUGAUAUAUGUAUAUACAUUCUAGAAUCUUGCAUCAGCACGUGCAUUUAUGAAAAUACACAGUUCAACUCCAUAAAAAUUCCUAUUUGGCAUGUCCAGUUGUUUAGAUUCUAGAUAAAUGAGAAUUUGUGUAAAAUAAGUAUAAAAAACUGAUGGAAGUUCUUAUCAAAAGAUUGUUUUCUCUUUCAAGGAGAUGGGUCCUGAUGAAUAUGAAGAGAUGGAAGAGGAAGAAGAGGAGGAGGAGGAAGACGACGACGACGAUGACUCGGCGGAUAUGGAUGAGUCUGA